AUGGUGUCCGCUGCGAAGCUGCCAGGCUACAGUGCUGGAGGCGACUCUGGCUUGGGCGUCGAUCUCAGCGGCGCAGGAGGCCACGGCGGCGGCGCAGGAGGGGCUGGAAGCGUUUUCCCGUUCGUUUUCGUCGGCAGCGGAAACCUUCCUGCUAGUGCUAUUGGAGGCGCUGCCGGAGGUAUUGGCGGCGGCGCUGUUGGACAGGAAUACUCUGAGCCAAGCACAGGUCCCGUUGCCCCUGUUGUUACCGUAGAAGAGGUAUAUACUGGCCCAGGUACUGGUCCCGUUGACCCUGUUGUUGAAGAGGAAUAUACUGGUCCAAGCAUUGACGCUGGUCACGGUUCCGCUGACUCUUCUGCUGUGACUGUUGACGAAGAGUACAGCGGACCAAGCAUUGACGUCGCUCCCGUUGCCCCCGUUCCAACCGUUGAUGAGGAGUACACUGGGCCCAAUGAAGCCGCCCACGUCAGCCCCCCUGCUGACGAAUACAGCUCACCAAACCACUAA